AUGGUCAACGGCACUAGAGAGCCAUGCCUUGGAUCUGACCGUCCUUGGUCUGAACAGUGGCACAUCGAUGCUCCUUUCACCAUUAGCCCGUCCGGUCGCUUACUUCCACACGAGCAUCUAGCACGCAGCGCCGCGUACAAGGCAUCCUCCGCCUCGACCUCAGUUCGCCACGGCGAGCAGUGUCUGCUGUAUCUCGUCCUCGGUAAUGCCGGCAUCCAGCCAGCUCUGACGGAGUGGAUCUCCGUGCUGCAGCUGGCCGGCGGCGCGCCCAGCCAGCCGCUUCCGGGUUUCCGGCCCCGAGCACACCGUAGUUCUGGCGCCGAGGUGGACCUUGCCGCCUUCAGCAUCAAAAGCUGGCGCUGCAGGCCAGCGUGGGCAUGCUCACUCCCGUAG